AUGGGGAGCUUGGGGAGCCAGCCCCAUGGGCAGGGGCCCAACAUUCUCUUUUUCGGACCUGUAAUCCCUUCUUUCAGCAACCAGUCGCUGCUAGAGCUCAGAUCAGCACUGCGAAACCAGCAAUGGGCCACUGACGUCGUAUCCGCGUUGCUUCCUGCUUGGGAUAUAAUCUCGACGAAGAUACCCUCCCUCUCCUCUGUGCCUGGGAAGCAGCUGCUCACAGAUCUUGAGACAUGGCUGCGAGAGGGGCCGCCAGAGAAGGGCGUUGGCGACUUACCCAACGUUGUGCUCGCACCCUUGACAGUCAUGACACAACUUGCGCAGUUCCAGCAAUAUACUGAAAGGCAUCCUAACUUCCAAGACAUGCUAGAGCCUGUAAGGGGAGAAGGGAGAGUUCUGCUAGUCGGAUUUUGCAUGGGACUGUUGUCAACCGCGGUUGUCGCUAAUUAUGUAGACCCGGAUAGUUGGAACCGCCACGCCAUUGCAGCAAUCCGUUUAGCGAUUCUUGUUGGUGCCGUGGUAGACGCUGCAGAUGUAGCCCAUCCUAAUGGCGCCUCGGAGUCAAUUGCGAUCUCAUGGCAAGACCCGGAGCAAAGCGAGAGGGUAAAAUAUAUCCUCGAACAAUUUCCAGACGAUGCCUGCAUGUCGGUGCGAUACGAUGAGCGACGUGUUACCGUUACCAUAUCAAAACGUGCUGCUCCGGAGCUGUUACGGGAACUGCGUGAAGAGGGAAUCACGGCUGCAUCCACGGGGUUGCGGGGGCGGUUCCACUCGAAACACCACAGCCAGAUAACAGACGAGCUAUUUCGACUAUGUGAUUCAGAACCAGGCUGGAAUUUUGUCGAUUCAUAUACUAUCCUGAGGGCGAUGUUGGUUGAUGAGUGUAACUGGUAUACGACUGUGUCGACGCUUGUAAACAGCCAGACUAACAACAUAGGACGACUGACUUCCAUUUCGUUUGGCCAAGGUCGAUGUAUACCGCCUUCUCUACAGUCGAAAUUUGAAAACCGGGUUGAGCAGUUGAUGCCUUUAGAGACCGAAGCAUCGCAUCGGCCUGCUGCUAACCUCUCAGAAUCUAACGACGGCAGAAUUCCUUCAAUUAAAAACGCCUCUCACACACUCAAUUGUAAUAUCACGGCAAAUGAUGAUGUAGAUUCCGGUGGUAUAGCUAUAGUGGGAAUGUCGAUAAAAGUCGCCGGCGCCGACGACCUCCCCGAAUUCUCGGCCAUUCUCCGCGCGGGGGAAUCGCAACAUCAAGAAGUCCCAGCUGAGCGCGUACCCUUUGGUAACUCGCCAUGGCGGCGCCCCCAAGAUAACAACGGUCGUAAGUGGUACGGAAACUUCAUCCGGGACGUCGACGCUUUCGACCAUAGGUUUUUCCGCAAGAGUCCGCGUGAAAGCGCCGCUAUGGACCCCCAGCAGAGACUAGUUCUGCAAGCCGCUUACCAGGCAGUCGAGCAGUCUGGGUAUUUUGAUCCUGCUGCUUCUAGUAGCAGAGAUAAGCACAUUGGUGUAUAUCUAGGAACUUGUGCGACUGAAUACGAGCAUAACGCGGCGUGUCAUGGGGCCGGGGCCUUUACGGUGAUGGGGCUGCUGCGGGGUUCCAUCGCGGGCCGCAUAUCGCAUUACUUCGGCUGGACUGGACCAUCGAUGACGUUCGACACAGCGUGCUCAGGAUCUGCCGUGGCAAUUCACUCGGCGGUGCAGGCUUUACGCUCUGGUGAAUGUAGUGCUGCGUUAUGUGGAGGGGUUAAUGUUAUUACGAACGAAGUCUGGUUCCAUAAUCUGGCCGGUGCUUCAUUUCUGAGCCCCACCGGACAAUGUAAGCCGUUUGAUGAAGCGGCUGACGGAUAUUGUCGUGGAGAGGGUAUCGGGUGUGUUUUCUUGAAGCCUGUGGCGGCUGCGCUUGCAGACGGGGAUCAGAUAUUCGGACGAAUUGCAGGUACCGCGGUAUAUCAAAACUCGAAUGAAACGCCGCUGUUUGUCCCUCAUGCGCCUUCUAUGUCUCGACUCUUUUGCGAUGUUAUUCGCCGAAGUCGACUCGAACCUCAAGACAUUUCUCUCGUGGAAGCUCAUGGAACAGGUACACCUGUCGGUGACCCUGCAGAAUACGAAAGCGUUCGAACUGCCUUGGGCGGAAUUAUUCGGCGCAAACCACUGCCUAUGGGGUCUGUUAAAGGACUCGUGGGACACACUGAAAGCACCUCAGGGGUGGUUUCUCUGAUUAAGGUUAUCCUUAUGAUGAAUGAAGGCUUCAUCCCGCCGCAGGCAAGCUACUCCAAGAUGAGCCAUCGCUUUAACAUCUCCGGUUCCGAUAUGAUCCAUGUGCCCACAAGCUUACUUCCUUGGGAACAAAAUAACAAGGCAGCAUUAAUUAAUAACUACGGUGCUGGUGGGUCGAUCGCCGCAAUGGUUGUGAAGCAAGCUCCAUUUCGAUCUUAUGAAAGCUCGAGCUGUUUCCCCGACAGCAUGGCAUUUCCCUUCUGGGUCGCUGGGUUCGAUGGUCGCAGCAUCGAAGAGUAUUGUGCCAAGCUCGCAGCUUUUGUCAAGAGAAACACCGAUAAUAUCUCUUUAGCUGACCUCUCCUUUAACGUGAACCGUCAGUCGAACACUACUCUGCCCCGUGCUCUGCAAUUUCGAUGUAGUAGUGUCGCUGGUCUCCUCGAGCAACUCUCUCCGGCCGUAUCAUCGAAACAUGUCCAGGUUAAAGCUUCUAGGCCUGUGAUAUUGUGCUUCGGCGGGCAAAUAUCGACAUGGGUUGGACUAGAUCGUGUUGUGUAUGAAAAUGUACCCCUGAUCCGUUACCACGUAAAUGAAUGCAACGCCAUAAUACAGUCUCUUGGUCAAAAAGGCAUUUUCCCCGAUAUUCUCUCUAAGCAGCCGAUUCCAGAUCCGAUUCAUCUGCAAACAAUGCUUUUUGCUUUGCAAUAUGCGAGCGCGAAGUGCUGGAUAGAAUGUGGAGUACGAGUCGAAGCAGUUGUAGGCCACAGUUUUGGGGAAAUUACGGCGCUGUGCGUGUCAGGCGUCUUGAAGCUCAGGGACGCUAUCAAAUUGGUUAUUGGCCGAGCCGAAGUUAUAAAAAGAAUAUGGGGUCGAGACCGUGGUGUGAUGAUAGCAGUGGAUGGUGAGUUGGAGCUUGUGGAAAGAAUCUUAGUAGAGGCGAAUCGAAAUCGACAAGGGGGCAGUCCGGCUAGCAUUGCCUGCUACAACGGCCCACAGAGUUUUACGCUUGCCGGAUCGACAUCGGCGAUGGACAGUACUCUAAAAGUACUUUCUAGUCGUCCUGAGUACGCGUUAAUGAUGAUGAAGAAGCUGAACGUUACCAAUGCCUUUCACUCUGCUCUCGUCGAGCCUCUCAUCCCGAGCCUGGAGCAAGUCGGUAGAGACCUGGAAUUCCACAGCCCUACCAUCAGAUUCGAAAGAGCGACAGAACUGCCGUCGAGUAGCGAACCUUUGGCCCCGAAAUACGUAGCUAAUCAUAUGCGCAACCCCGUAUUUUUCCACCAUGCCGUACAACGGCUAGCCAAGGACUAUCCCUCCGCAAUAUGGCUUGAAGCAGGAUCCGCUUCUAAGAUCACCUCCAUGGCCCGGCGCACGGCGAGGCCCAGUCCGAGCUCGCAUUUCCAAGCCGUGAGUAUCACUGAAGACCGGGGAAUGGAUAGUCUUACAGAUGCAACCCUUUCACUUUGGAAAGAAGGGCUACGGGUAAAUUUCUGGCCUCAGCAUGGCACAGAAGCAGCCUGUAGUCACGUACCGUUACUCUUGCCACAGUACCAAUUCGAAAAGACGCGGCACUGGCUCGAUCUCAAGGAACUAGCCCCACCAGCGCCCCGGGAGGACGUGCCACAGCGCGAAGAUCCAUCGCUUGGCCUAUGGACCUUUGUUGACUAUCAAGAUCCGAAGAAGCGGCGGGCUCUCUUUAGAAUAAAUACCGAGUCCGAGAGAUACAAGGCUUUAGUCGCAGGACAUGUCGCUGUUCAGACUGCUCCUAUCUGCCCCGCCACGUUGGAAUACAGUAUGGUAAUCGAAGCGCUUCUUACUCUUCGAGAUAGUAGCACCGUGGCGGAAGAGCAACACCUGCACCCCGUAAUCCGCGAUAUGCAUAACGACGCGCCAUUAUGCUUCAACGCUUCUCAGACAGCGUGGAUGGAGUUACAAGAAGACGAUACUCUAUCGCGUCGGCAUUGGUCGUGGAGGAUUGUGACUACCCCUGUCGGUCAUCAACCAGACAACGGCAAUGAUAACAACUCCACCAUAUGCGUACAGGGACGACUAGAGUUGCGACCACCCGAAGAAUGCGCCGAGUUCGCGCGAUAUGAGCGAUUGGUAACGCAUGAGCAGUGUAUUGCACUACUUCAUAAUAGUGCGCAAGCGGACGAUGUCAUUCAGGGGCGCAAUGUAUACCGCUCUUUAUCUGAUGUGGUUGAAUACGGAGAUAUAUACCGAGGGGUAAAUCGAGUUGUGGGCCGAGAAAAUGAAUGCGCGGGCAUCGUGCAUGACCCAACUGCUCAUACUGAUGAAGCGGAGAAGAAUUGGCUGGAUGAUAUACCUGUUACUGAUUCAUUCAGCCAGGUAGCAGGCGUAUGGGUCAACUGCAUGACAGACCGGGAACCGAAUGGCAGCGAUGUCUUCUUGGCUACGGGGUGCGAGACACUCAUGCGCAGGCCUGGACUUACGCGAAGCGAUAGACGAUGUCAGCCCGGAAAGAUAUGGCACGUCUGGGCGAGGCACCAUCGUGAGUCAGAUAGAACUUAUCUGACAGACGUUUUCGUGUUCGACGCGACAGACGGUCGGUUAAGUGAAGUAAUACUAGGGAUUAGAUAUACUCGUAUCCCUAGAUUAUCCAUGAGUAGGUUGCUGACAAGACUCACGGAUAACUCUGCUAUUCAGACCAGGACGAAUAAUAAUAACAGCAACACGGCAUCUGCGGGAUCAGACGCUAUUCCUGCUCCACAAUCUUCGGCAACGUCGUACCUAGUGGCCAACCACCAACAAAAGCCCAUGGGUAAAACGUCUGAAUUCUCUCGCUUCGAGUUAAGCCAGAAAGUUAGAGAUAUUAUAACAACCGUGUCAGGAAUAGAGGCUAGUGAGAUCCAAGAUGAUUCAGAACUAGCCGACCUAGGGAUCGACUCGUUGGCAGGUACCGAGUUGGCUCGCGAGGUCGAGAGCGCAUUCAGUUGCAAAAUUAAUACGCUCGAGCUUCUUUUUGAAGCUACAAGUUUUCGCGAGUUCGUAGCAUGUAUUUCGAGAAUAGUACAUGGUUCGGACAACCACGUCGAUCUCGAAGCAUACGAUGGCGAAAGUAGUUCAGUCUCCCCUUCAAACGGCGGCGGUCUACUCUCAGACGAAUCCGGCGAUACUAGUGCGAUCUUAACUCCAACUGUAGAUGACUCAUCUUCCAAUGACGAGCGGAACAGCGAUGCAAUUAUCGAGUCAUCCAUAGCGAAAGCAAGGAGCCUGGGAGACGAUUACUCUUCAUCCAUAUUCCAGCUCGAUGUUUUGACUGCUUUUUCCCAAGUCAAGGCAUCCACUGACCGGCGCAUCCGGGAUAACAAAGUUGACAACACAGAUGCCACUAUCGUCGCUCGUUCAAGCCGACUUUGUGUGGCCCUCGUCGUCGAAGCAUUUGAGAAACUCGGCUGUACGCUCAGAACUGCGACUGCGGGCCAAAUACUGCCGUCGGUAAAGCAUACUCGCCAAACCACCCGACUGGUCGAUUGGCUCUACAACUUUCUCGAAAAAGACGCACGGUUAAUCGACCGAGAUGGCGCACGUAUCACACGUACCAGUAUUUCCGCCCCGCGCAAAACAAGCGAAGCCAUCUUUCAAGACCUUUUACAAAUCAAUGACCAAUGGAUCGUGGCACAUAAGCUGGCGUAUUACGCAGGGAAGAACUUGGCCGAUGUACUUAGUGGCCGGAAAAUCGGUAUUCAAGCCUUGUUCGGCUCGCCCGAGGGACGGGAUCUCGUGAGAGGCCUCUACUGCGAUCUUCCAUUUAAUCGCUUGUCCUACGAGCUGAUGCGGGACACUAUCCAACUCGUAGUAGAGACGCUCUCUCCGAACUUCCGCGGGCCCUUGCGCAUCCUUGAGAUGGGUGCCGGCACCGGAGGUACAACACACAUACUGGCUCCUUUCCUCGAUAGCCUUAACAUUCCUGUCGAAUAUACGGUGACUGACUUGGCGCCGUCGAUGGUAACACAAGCACGCCGUACGUUCGGGACGCGUUACCCCUUCAUGCGAUUCGCCGUACACGAUAUCGAACAACCACCUGCUAAGUUCCUACGCGGCACCCAGCACUUUGUAAUUGCCAGCAAUGCUGUACAUGCUACUGUUGAUCUGAAAGAGUCGGCCUCUAAUAUCCGCAUGGCGCUGCGCCCAGAUGGUACGCUUCUACUUACCGAGAUGACCGAGAGUUUGCCGUUUGUUGACUUGGUGUUUGGCCUACUCGAUGACUGGUGGCGCUUUGCGGAUGAUAGAGUACAUGCUAUCGUACCGGCUGAACAUUGGGAGACGCGACUGCGGGAUUCUGGGUUUGGGUACGUGGAUUGGACGGAUGGAAACUUGCCGGAGAAUCGCAUACAGAAAGUCAUAAUUGCUUUGGCAUCUGAAUUAGGCGCGAUAUCAGUACCUUCGGCGACGAUACCGCAGUUAACUGAAGCUCACAGCAACGAUCUUGUAGCAGCUCGAGGCCAGGAGGCUGAGAAGUACGUGACACAGUACUCGGCUGGCUUUACGGCAUUUAUGGAUAAACCGUGGGAUGACGCUAACGGCGUAGUGGAGGAUGAGAAAGAUAGCGGCGCGGUCGUCAUAAUUACAGGGGCUACUGGAAGCCUAGGUUCGCAUCUUGUCGCCCGCUUUGCCAAGGACCCCAACGUAAGCACAGUGGUCUGCAUUAAUCGGCGAUCUAAUUCGGGCAACUCGGCUUCGUCCCGCCAGCAAGAAGCAUUGGCGUCCCGCGGCAUAACCUUGUCUCUAGAAGCCUCUUCAAAGUUGCACGUUCUCGAAACAGAUACAACACAGCCACGAUUAGGCCUACCGUCGACCACAUAUGCAUGGCUGGUUGCAUGCGGUACACACAUCUUGCACAAUGCAUGGCCCAUGAGCGCGAAUAGACCGUUGCGUGCCUUUGAGCCGCAAUUCCAAGCUCUUCAACAAUUGCUCCGGCUUGCUGCUGACAUCUCCACCUAUGGUAGUAGGCAGCGGACGGCGGACGGCAAGAUCGUAUGUUUCCAACUUGUAUCAUCAAUCGGGGUGGUCGGCCUACAUUCGACUUGUUUGGUAUCCGAAGAACGCGUUCGCAUGGACUCCGUCUUGCCGGUCGGAUACUGUGAGGCCAAGUGGACAUGCGAGCGCCUACUGGACGAGACUCUACAUCGAUAUCCUAGCAAGUUUCGGGCCAUGACGAUCAGACCCGGUCAGAUCGCAGGAUCGACCACGACAGGUGUUUGGAACUCCGUCGAACACUUUGCUUUUCUAGUGCGAUCUGCGCAGACGCUUCGCGCAUUUCCGGCACUCAAAGGCAGAUUGCAAUGGGUGCCAGUAGACGGCGUGGCUGCAACCGUUGCUGACUUGGCGUUAAGCGAAAAGGCAAAUAGUCCCAUCUAUCAUAUCGACAACCCUGUAGGUCAGCCAUGGGAAGAGAUGGUGCCUGUUUUGGCGGAGGAACUCGGCAUUCCUGGGGAGAACAUCCUGCCGUUUACGGAAUGGAUUCGGAAAGUCAAACGGUCGCCAUUGGCGAUGGAAACGGAGAAUCCGGCGUUGAGAUUGGUAGACUUUCUGGAAAAGCAUCUUACGCGCAUGUCGUGCGGUGGUAUCGUCUUAGAUACGGCCAAGACCGUGAAGCAUUCGCCGACGCUUGCGGCUCAAGGACCGGUCGCUGCCGAUACAGCACGUCGAUACUUGCGGGCGUGGAAGACAGCAGGGUUUUUGACUUGCCCAUGA